CCUACACAGACAUAGACGUUAUUGUUUUCGGUUUGUGGGGGCUUUCCUUUAUUUUCUUGCACACUAUGCAUUUGCAUGCACCUCGCCUGAAUUUCUGAAACCCCCUCUUCUUCUCUACAACCCAAACCCAGAAUCUCAAUGCCCAGAGCUUGACCCAUCUGGGUUUGGUCUUAAUUGACCCAGUUGUUGCAGUGGCUCAUGAUGCAAAUGAUUAGAACAGCACCCCAGUUCGAGUUUGAGCUCUGAAAUCAACUUGAUUAGCAUGAAAAGGGAAGCAAGAAGUGCAAAAGUGUCAGGGGUUAAGAGGAGUGGAGGGUAUGAUUUAAGAGGAUUGGGAAAGCUGAAAGGUGUCUAGUUCCCAAGAGACAGGGGGGGGCGGGGCCAUCCAAACUCGAUUUACAUUGUAAUGUGUUGUGCGAUUAAACUAAUGGAGUUGAAGGGUUUUCACGUGCCAAUGGCGACCUUUGCGGCUAUUUCAAACUUUAUUCUUACUUUUUAGGCGGUGGGUUCAAUUCAUUGCGGCCACUGAGGCGAGGCGAGGCGGCUAGGGCGGGAGCUUGGCGAAUCUAGGGAAUCAUGUUCUUGUUUUCCCAACUUUGAAAAACAUUCACAAUCUAACAAUUUUGUCAAACUCGAUCACGUUUCUGUCCCCUCGCCUUUUCAAACGGAUGGAAUGGAUCGUGGGCCUUGUUGGCUGGGCCAAGCCCAACCCAUUAUCAUAUGGGCUGAUCGACACCAAAACCCAAACCGGCCCUUCUCUCUAGCCUACUGAUUAAUGAUAAGAAAAAGAAUUAUGUGGACUGUUAUGAUUUAUGGUCAAAUUGAUGAUCUGUUUGGCGCUGUGUCAGUUUUGUUGGCGGCGAAUGCGCAGAACAUCGUGGAGGCAGAGGGCGAUUCCAGUUGCCACGUCUGUUUCCAGUCAUUGCCCUUUCCCAAUUCCAUCCGCCUCUUUUCCCCGUUCUCUCUUGUUUCGUUUCAAUCGUGCGCAUAAUUUAACCUACCUAUCCUCUUCUUUACUCGGAAACCAUGAAUAUUUUCAGGAAUUUCUCUCAAGACUCAGGAGCUGUAUGCCAUUGUUUUUCUGGCCCGGUAUUUGGAUCUUUUCACGGAUUUCAUAUCUAUCUAUAACACUGUGAUGAAGCUGAUUUUUAUUGCAAGCUCUCUGGCAAUUGUUUGGUGUAUGAGGCUGCAUCCAACCGUGAGGCGGUCAUAUGAUAAAGUUCUUGAUACUUUUCGUCAUUAUUUUCUUGUUGCUGCAUGUUUCAUUCUCGCCCUUUUAGUGAACGAGAAGUUUGGUUUUCAAGAGAUCUUUUGGGCGUUUUCAAUAUACUUGGAGGCCGUAGCAAUUCUUCCUCAAUUAGUUUUAUUGCAACGAAGUGGGAAUGUGGACAAUUUAACCAGUCAUUAUGUCUUCUUUCUUGGAGCUUAUCGUGCACUCUACAUCCUCAACUGGAUCUACCGAUACUUCACAUACACACACUUCAAUCGGUGGAUAGCUUUCAUCGCUGGCCUGGUUCAGGCGGCUUUAUAUGCUGAUUUUUUUUACUACUACUACAUUAGCUGGAGAAACAAUGCGAAGCUUCGGUUGCCAGCUUGAUUAGAUCUGGGUUCAGGGUAUGAUAUUAUGGAGCUUGAGAUCCAGCAAAGUUUUUACACGAUGGUAGGUAAACUUGGCUUGAGAGUAGGGAUAGAACACCUAACUUCAAUCAUCACAAACUCCUUCAUUUCCGUGUAGGGUACCACAGGUGGGUUCUCGACGGAAACUGACAUUUUAUAGGGACUCUUUGAUUAACCUUGUUCAUAGUUUAUCAUUGGACAUCUCUCACACUUUAAACUGCAGCCACCGCUUAUGAAAGCCAAAGAAGAAUCAGUAUGUCUGAUCUGAAGAUGAGGCUGAUUUAGGUGUAUCAGAGGAAGAACAUCUAAAGAUAAACGAAUCAGAGUCAUUUUGUGUUCUGAAAAGAGAGUUUCUGUAGAAGACAACUUUGAAUUUUGAAAUGGUUGGAUGUACAGUGAAAUGUUUGGUUUGUUGAACUGAACUAAUGGUCAUGCCUACUAAGGAGCGCUAUUCUACUCCAUUUGAGUUUCUUUUUUUGCAGUUCAAGUUAGUGGUAUGGGAAAUGAAGGCUAUGAAUCGAGUCUUUUGAGGUGAAAGUUGUGAAGACCCCCACUGGUUAAAGCAAAGAGCAGACGCACUUGGGACAGGAACAGGCCUACCAUAGUGCGUUGCCAAUCCCAAAAAGCUUCACCGUUCUUCUCAAUUCAUGAUUCACAAGCUCAUCGAUCACUUUACAAGCGUAGACUUCACAAAUAUAUUAUUAAACUGAGCUUGAGGAGCAGCCCUUCUUCAAAUUGAAGCAGAGUCGCUUCAUGGAAAAUCAGAGUAUUAUUAAGUAAGUACCUGUACUUAUCCUCUAUAACUGCGUUGCAAUCUUGACAGUGCUGCUGCAAUGGCAAUGGCUUCCUUUUCCUUUUCUUUUCCUCCCA